UCAAAGCAAGCAAACCAAAACAAACGACGCGAUAAAAACGUUUUCAUUCUUCGCGCACACCGAUUCCAGAUUUCGAUUCAUAUAAAUAGCCGGUAUUAUUGCAACAAAAAAUUAUUUUAUUGAUCGAUAAGAUGCUGGAAAUAACUUGCAAUGAUCGGCUUGGCAAGAAGGUUCGCGUGAAAUGUAAUCCGGACGACACGAUCGGAGAUCUGAAGAAGCUGAUUGCCGCCCAAACCGGCACCCGGUAUGACAAAAUCGUGCUGAAAAAGUGGUACACCAUCUUCAAGGAUAACAUUAAACUAUCGGACUAUGAGAUUCACGACGGAAUGAACCUGGAACUGUACUAUCAGUAGGAGGAUUUGGGAAUGUAUUUAUAUAAGUUUUUUUUAAAUAUACUGAAUUGCUACACAAUCGUGUAAAUUAUGAAAUAAGAAAAAAGAUUAA